AUGUCUAAGAGAGGAAGAGGUGGUUCCGCCAGAGGCAAAUCCCGCAUCUCCCUGGGUCAUCCAAUGGGGGCAGUUAUCAACUGUGCUGACAACACAGGAGCUAAGAACUUAGUUGUUAUUGCUGCUGUCCACGGCAUCAAGGGUCGUCUCAACCGGCUGCCAGCAGCUGGCAUUGGGUACAUGUUUGUGGCCACCAGGAAACCAUUACGAAAAAAAGACGGGCUGUUCCUUUACUUUCAGGACAAUGAAGGGGGAUCAGCUAUCACGGGGCCUGUUGCUAAAGAAUGUGCUGACCUCUGGCCUCGAAUUGCCUCCAACGCAAUUCCAUUGCUUAGCCUUGUCCUGGAUUCACUUGUGUAUAUAAUGAACGAUUUACAAUACAUGCCUAACAGAUUCUGCGGCCCAGUGAAAAAAAAAAUUUCUUUGCUAUUUGAAGCCCUACUCUGGUUCUUGCCAGGGGCCGCAAUAUAG